AUGGAGAAUGAGGCACUUACACUUACACUCUGGUGGCCCGACCAACCAGAAUCCCAUGGAAUUACCGUCUGUGAUGAGAUCACCAGUGAUUUCAUCAGCAAGCUCCCCGAUGCCAUCCUCGUAACCAUCAUCUCCCUCCUCCCCACCAAGGACGGUGGACGCAUGUCGGCCGUCUCCCCCAGAUGGUGCCACCUCUGGCGCUCCACACCCCUCAAUCUUGAGGUCCGCACCCCACCCUGUGGUUACCCCGUCUCCACCUCUGCCAUCACCCCCGCCGUCGUCUCCAAGAUAAUUUCCCAACACCCUGUCCCCAUCCGUCGAUUCUCCUUCCAGUGCUUCCUAGAAGGCGACUUAUACACACAGUUGGAGAGUUGGCUCCACUCCCAAGCCCUCGCCAACCUCCAAGAGCUCGAUAUCAACUACCAGUGCCCCCAUCAAUGUUCUGAGCCAAGAAACCCGCUGCCACCAUCCGUGUUCCGCUCUGGAUCCACUCUCCUCGUCGCCAAGUUCAGCUAUUGUGAUUUCCCUGAUGAGGUCUUGUCGUUCACGAACUUUCCCCUCCUCAAGCAACUCUCCUUGGUGGACAUUACCAUCUCAUGGGAGGUCUUCCAUAGACUGCUCUCUGGAUGCCAUGCCUUGGAGAGUUUUUACAUGUCCGAAGUUCGUGGCAAGGGAUGCCUUCGUGUUAGCUCACGGACUCUUAGAAGCAUUGGUGUACGAAAUGCCUUUAAAGAAAAAUUAGAGCUGGUGAUUGAGGAUGCCCCAUGCCUUGUAAUAAGCCCAGUUAUGUCAGCAAACUGGAUGCGCACCGUGAAGGUUUUUUGCCUUAGGUCUUCUGGCCUUGAAUUGAACGCAGUUCUUAACAUCCUUAGGUGGUUUCCUUAUCUGGAAAAGCUCUACAUCAUUUUUCAAAGACACAAUGAGAAGGAUAAGAAAAAUGACCCUCAAUAUGACCCUUUACAUCCAAUCGAAUGUCUUCAGACCCAUCUCAAAAAUGUGGUGUUUAAGUCAUUCGUAGGCUAUGAGAAACAGGUUAACUUUGCGAGGUUCUUUGUUUUGCAUGCAAAAGUGCUCAAAAAGGUUGAAUUUGAAGUAUAUGGCAAGUGCAACACUAUAUCAGUGGCUUAUCAUCACACGCUGCUAAAAGUGGAAAACAGAGCCUCUCGAGAUGCUCAGUUUGAAUUCAGGAGUAAACAUCGUCGUACUGAGUAUGAUGCACAUAUCCAUGAUUUGUCCGUGGCCGACCCCUUCGCACAGCCAUAG